GGAGGGAAGGGCGAGUGAGGCGCCGCCACCGCCGGCAACUUUGUGAGCGAGUUCAGUGCGUGCGUGAGCGAGUAAGCGAAAAAGGAGAGCGCGCGGCGGACGCGCCCCGGACGCACGGUGGCACCGGGAGGCCGGGCAGAGCGGUUCGGUUUCAAAUGUGAAUGACAGUAAACUAAUAUCCCAGAUUCCUGUGUAAGAAGUAGAUCAAAAGGACUGUACUUUCAGGUUUUGAGAGAAUACCUCAGGUUGGACUCAAACGCAAGAUUUACCGGUGACUUUGAAGUGGAAUGAGGUACUUGCUCAGUUAGUUGCAGCCUGCCCCAGAAAAUCAUUGUAGUGUAACUGCAACAAGCUGGUUUACAAGCAAGAGGAGCUGAGUGUGCAGGUUAUUCAUUGUUAAUGUGAAUGAUGUUUAAAUUUCUGCAGCCAUGACACAAAAAUAUAGAGGAGCACUUCUUAAACCUCAGCUGUGGACACAUGGGCAUACCCGGCGCCUCUGGAAGCAAGUUAGCACGUUAUUCCACUUGAAGGCUUACAGUUGGAGAGGAGCAUGCCGCGUUUUGAAUUGUAAAGGAAAUCCUAGCAGUCUGAGGGCAGAAGUAUCUCGAAAGCUCAAAAGCCAGGUUUAAUUAGGUGGCCGUGCAAAACCAUUAUUCCCCGUCACAAAAGCCGAGGAAGAGGAGCCAGAGUGAAAACAAUUGGCGCUUAUCGGCCGCCGGCCCGGCCCAGCCCAUGAGCCCAGCUGGAGCUCAGCCGGCCCUGCAUUCUGCAGGCAGCGUGCAGUUUUUGAAACUCCCCUCAAUGUUCCAGCCUUUAAAUAGCAGCGAGUCUUCUCAAACGAUGCUGCGUACUGCAAGAGAAAUUAAAGCGGCUGCCUCGGAGGCAGGAGGCCGACUAGCGAGCUGCUUAAUUAUCGUGGAAGGAAAGCAUGGGAUUAUGGCAAUCACCGAGUCCUCGUAAUACAAGUUCCAUUCAUUUUUUUCUGAAAGACAGCUGUCUGUUAAAGUGAAGCAAAGGAACUAUUGUGGAUUAUAAUGUUUUGAAGAUCUGGAUUGUCAGAGGUUUGGAAAUAAGGCAUCAUUUAACCUUUUAAAUGAAAAAGAUUAAGAUCUCAUGCAACUGCUAUAUUUUCUGGAAACCAUUCUCCAAAAGGGAAGUGCACAUUUAAAACUUAGAUAUGAUGGUCCUUUGUACAGGGAUUUGAGUCUGAUUGCUUUUACAUCAUGACCAGCUUGAAACGGUCGCAGACGGAGAGGCCUGCUGCCCCCGAAAGGGCCUCGGUUGUCGCCACAGAUGGCGCCCCCAAAGUCCACACUGACGACUUCUACAUGCGACGCUUCAGGUCCCAGAAUGGCAGUUUAGGGUCCUCGGUCAUGGCUCCGGUAGGGCCCCCCCGAAGCGAAGGGUCUCAUCAUAUAACCUCGACCCCCGGAGUCCCCAAGAUGGGGGUUAGGGCUAGGAUUGCGGAUUGGCCCCCGAGAAAGGAAAACGUCAAAGAAUCUAGCCGUUCAAGCCAGGAAAUAGAAACCUCAAGUUGCCUUGAGAGCCUGUCCUCCAAAAGCAGUCCUGUGAGUCAGGGAAGUUCUGUUAGCCUCAAUUCCAGUGACUCAGCCAUGUUAAAAAGCAUACAGAACACACUGAAAAACAAGACGAGGCCGGCGGAGAACAUGGACUCCAGAUUUCUCAUGCCUGAAGCCUACCCCAGCUCCCCUAGGAAGGCUCUCCGCAGGAUCCGUCAGCGGAGCAACAGCGAUAUCACCAUAAGUGAACUUGACGUGGAUAGCUUCGAUGAAUGUAUCUCGCCCACAUACAAGACUGGGCCAUCACUGCACAGGGAAUAUGGUAGCACCUCUUCAAUUGAUAAGCAGGGAACGUCCGGGGAAAGCUUCUUUGACUUGCUAAAGGGCUACAAAGACGACAAGUCUGAUCGAGGUCCAACUCCAACCAAGCUCAGUGACUUCCUCAUCGCCAGUGGGGGCAAGGGCUCCGGUUUCUCCCUGGAUGUCAUAGACGGGCCCAUCUCCCAGAGGGAGAACCUCCGGCUCUUUAAGGAAAGGGAAAAACCACUCAAGCGCCGUUCCAAGUCUGAAACUGGAGACUCGUCCAUUUUUCGUAAGUUACGCAAUGCCAAAGGUGAGGAACUUGGGAAAUCGUCAGAUCUUGAAGACAACCGGUCAGAAGACUCUGUCAGGCCCUGGACAUGCCCGAAGUGCUUUGCCCACUACGAUGUCCAGAGUAUACUAUUUGACUUGAAUGAGGCCAUUAUGAACAGGCACAACGUUAUUAAGAGGAGAAACACCACCACGGGGGCAUCGGCCGCUGCCGUGGCAUCCCUGGUCUCCGGACCUCUGUCCCACUCGGCCAGUUUUAGCUCCCCGAUGGGCAGCACGGAGGACCUGAAUUCCAAGGGGAGCCUCAGCAUGGACCAGGGAGACGAUAAGAGCAAUGAACUUGUAUUGAGCUGUCCGUAUUUUCGGAAUGAGAUAGGCGGAGAAGGCGAAAGGAAAAUCAGCCUGUCAAAAUCAAAUUCUGGUUCCUUUAGUGGGUGUGAAAGUGCCUCCUUUGAGUCUACGCUUAGUUCCCAUUGCACAAAUGCAGGAGUGGCGGUACUUGAAGUGCCCAAGGACAACCUUGUGUUGCAUCUGGACAGGGUGAAGAGAUACAUCGUGGAGCAUGUGGACCUGGGCGCGUACUAUUACAGGAAAUUCUUCUAUCAGAAGGAACACUGGAACUAUUUUGGGGCCGAUGAGAAUCUUGGACCAGUGGCUGUGAGCAUUCGGAGGGAAAAGCCAGAAGAGACGAAGGAAAAUGGAUCUCCCUACAACUACCGAAUAAUUUUUAGAACCAGUGAGCUCAUGACCCUGAGAGGUUCUGUCCUGGAGGAUGCCAUUCCCUCAACGGCGAAGCACUCGACAGCCAGAGGGCUGCCCCUGAAGGAAGUGCUGGAGCACGUGAUUCCUGAGCUCAACGUCCAGUGCCUGAGGUUGGCCUUCAACACUCCCAAAGUCACAGAGCAACUCAUGAAACUGGACGAACAAGGGCUGAACUAUCAGCAGAAGGUAGGCAUCAUGUACUGCAGAGCUGGACAGAGCACCGAAGAAGAGAUAUACAACAAUGAGUCAGCCGGCCCGGCCUUUGAGGAAUUCCUUCAGCUGUUGGGAGAACGCGUUCGGCUCAAAGGAUUUGAGAAGUACCGUGCACAGCUUGACACCAAAACUGACUCCACUGGAACCCAUUCUCUGUAUACAACAUACAAAGACUAUGAAAUUAUGUUCCAUGUUUCCACCAUGCUGCCAUACACACCUAAUAACAAGCAACAGCUCCUACGGAAGCGGCACAUCGGAAAUGAUAUUGUCACAAUUGUUUUCCAAGAGCCCGGAGCACAGCCAUUCAGCCCAAAAAACAUCCGAUCCCACUUCCAGCACGUUUUUGUCAUCGUCAGGGUUCACAACCCCUGCACCGACAGUGUUUGUUACAGUGUGGCUGUCACCAGGUCCAGAGACGUGCCUUCCUUUGGACCUCCCAUCCCCAAAGGGGUCACUUUCCCUAAGUCAAAUGUGUUCAGGGACUUCCUUUUGGCCAAAGUGAUUAACGCAGAAAACGCUGCUCAUAAAUCAGAGAAGUUUCGGGCCAUGGCAACUCGGACCCGCCAGGAAUACCUGAAAGAUCUGGCAGAAAAGAAUGUCACCAACACCCCAAUUGACCCAUCUGGCAAGUUCCCAUUCAUCUCUCUGGCCUCCAAGAAGAAGGAGAAGUCUAAGCCAUAUCCGGGAGCUGAACUCAGUAGCAUGGGGGCCAUUGUGUGGGCCGUCCGGGCCAAAGACUACAACACAGCUAUGGAAAUAGACUGUCUGUUGGGGGUCUCCAACGAAUUCAUCGUCCUCAUCGAGCAGGAAACAAAGAGCGUGGUUUUCAACUGUUCCUGCAGAGAUGUGAUAGGGUGGACCUCGACUGACACCAGCCUCAAAAUCUUCUACGAGCGAGGAGAAUGUGUUUCGGUGGAGAGUUUAAUUAAUAACGAGGAUAUCAAGGAGAUUGUAAAGAGGUUGCAGUUUGUGUCAAAAGGUUGUGAAUCGGUGGAGAUGACUCUGCGAAGGAACGGGCUAGGCCAGCUUGGCUUCCAUGUCAACUACGAGGGCAUCGUGGCCGACGUGGAGCCCUAUGGCUACGCCUGGCAGGCAGGGCUCAGGCAGGGCAGCCGGCUGGUGGAGAUCUGCAAGGUGGCGGUGGCCACCCUGAGCCACGAGCAGAUGAUUGAUCUCCUGAGAACAUCUGUCACGGUGAAGGUUGUCAUCAUCCCCCCGCAUGACGACUGCACCCCACGGAGGAGUUGCUCUGAAACGUACCGCAUGCCAGUGAUGGAAUACAAAAUGAACGAAGGGGUUUCAUACGAAUUCAAGUUUCCCUUCCGAAAUAAUAACAAAUGGCAGAGGAAUGCCAACAAGGGGCCGCACUCAGCUCAAGUCCCCUCCCAGGUGCAGAGCCCCAUGACCUCGAGGCUGAAUGCUGGCAAAGGAGACGGGAAGAUGGCUCCUCCAGAAAGAGCCGCCAACAUCCCUCGAAGCAUCUCCAGUGACGGGCGCCCCCUGGAGAGGCGGCUGUCUCCUGGCUCAGACAUCUACGUGACGGUCUCCUCCAUGGCCCUCGCGAGGUCCCAGCAGUGCCGGAACUCCCCUAGCAACCUGUCGUCAUCCAGCGAGACGGGCUCUGGCGGAGGCACUUACCGGCAGAAGUCCAUGCCCGAAGGGUUUGGAGUAAGCCGCAGAUCCCCAGCCUCCAUCGACAGGCAGAACACCCAGUCAGAUAUUGGUGGCAGCGGGAAAUCUACACCCAGCUGGCAAAGAAGUGAGGAUAGCAUUGCUGACCAGAUGGCUUACAGUUAUAGAGGACCUCAGGAUUUCAAUUCUUUUGUCCUCGAGCAGCAUGAAUAUACAGAGCCAACGUGCCAUCUCCCAGCAGUAUCAAAGGUACUGCCAGCUUUCCGAGAGAGCCCCAGUGGGAGAUUAAUGCGGCAGGAUCCGGUGGUCCAUUUGUCUCCAAACAAACAAGGGCAUUCUGACAGCCACUACUCAAGCCACUCCAGCAGCAAUACCCUCUCCAGCAACGCGUCAAGUGCCCACAGCGACGAGAAGUGGUACGACGGGGACCGCACGGAGUCUGAGCUCAACAGCUACAACUACCUGCAAGGCACCUCCGCCGACAGUGGCAUCGACACCACCUCCUAUGGUCCCAGCCACGGCAGCACGGCCUCCCUGGGGGCUGCCACGUCGUCCCCUCGCUCAGGGCCCAGCAAAGAGAAAGUGGCGCCCCUGUGGCAUAGUUCCAGUGAAGUGAUCUCCAUGGCAGAUCGGACUUUAGAGACAGACGGCCUCGGCAUGGACCGGAAAACAGAGUCCUCCCUGAGCCUGGACAUCCACGGCAAGAGCCCAGCGGGCUCAAACCCUCUGACAAGGGAGAACAGCACUUUCAGUAUAAAUGACGCUGCUUCCCACACAAGCACCAUGGGCUCCCGACACUCUCCCAGCCCCGUUGUCUUCACCAGUGCCAGAAGCUCCCCUAAAGAAGAGCUCCAUCCUGCCACCUCACAGCUCCUACCUUCCUCCUCCUCCUCCUCCUCCUCGUCUGGUCCUAGGACUUUCUACCCUCGCCAGGGCGCGACCAGCAAGUACCUGAUUGGUUGGAAGAAACCCGAAGGAACCAUAAACUCCGUGGGAUUCAUGGACACAAGAAAGCGUCACCAGAGCGACGGCAACGAGAUAGCCCACACCAGGCUGCGUGCCUCAGCCAGGGACCUCCGGGCGUCCCCCAAGCCGGCCUCCAAGUCCACCAUUGAGGAGGACCUCAAGAAACUCAUCGACCUGGAAAGCCCAACUCCCGAAUCGCAGAAGAACUUUAAGUUCCAUGCGCUCUCCUCUCCUCAGUCUCCUUUUCCUACCACCCCCACCUCAAGGCGGGCUUUGCACCGGACGCUGUCAGACGAGAGCAUUUACAGCGGGCAGAGGGAGCACUUUUUCACCUCAAGGCCUUCACUUCUGGACCAAGCCCUGCCCAAUGACGUCCUCUUCAGUAGCACGUACCCUUCUCUUCCCAAGUCUCUUCCGUUGCGGAGGCCUUCUUACACCUUGGGAAUGAAGUCGUUGCAUGGAGAGUUCUCAGCCUCGGACAGCUCCCUCACUGACGUCCAGGAGACUCGAAGGCCACCCAUGCCCGACCCUGGCCUGAUGCCCCUGCCCGAUGCCGCUGCGGAUUUGGAUUGGUCCAACCUGGUGGACGCUGCGAAGGCCUAUGAGGUCCAGAGAGCCUCCUUCUUUGCUGCUGCUGAUGAAAACCACCGCCCCUUGAGUGCCGCGUCCAACAGUGACCAGCUGGAGGAGCAGGCGCUGGCCCAGAUGAAGUCUUACAGCAGCAGUAAGGAUUCCUCUCCCACUCUGGCGUCCAAAGUGGACCAGCUGGAAGGUAUGCUGAAGAUGCUCCGGGAAGACUUGAAGAAGGAAAAAGAAGACAAAGCCCACCUCCAGGCGGAGGUCCAGCACCUGCGGGAGGACAACCUGAGGCUGCAGGAGGAGUCCCAGAACGCCUCAGACAAGCUCAAGAAGUUCACCGAGUGGGUCUUCAACACCAUAGACAUGAGCUAGGGCAGGCUGAGGGGACAGGAGCGGGGGGCACGGGGGUGCUCUCCGGUGAGGUUUGGCAGUCCCUAGCCGUGACACUAAAAGCAUUCUCUGCCUCCCCACCCCUCCUCCCCGGCCUCCUACUCCGGCCCCUCUCGGGGAGUGCACAACACGAUUGCAGAUCAACAAUCAUUAUCUGCCUUUUGUAGAAAAGAAAAACGAAAAAGUAAAUAAAAAUUUUAAAAAGUAAAAUAAAAGUUUAACUGCUAAAA